AUGCAAGGAGCUAAAAAGGGGCAAAUUAUGGCAAUACCCCCUGUUGUUGCAUGUGGUUUUGACCAUUCAGCUGCAAUCGGGCAGGACAAUGAGCUUUAUAUGUGGGGUACACUGACAAACUAUCGGAUUGAAGCACUUGAAAACUGGGAAGAGAAUAUCAUCAAUAAGGUUCCCAUUAUCCACAAUAAUAAAGCUUACAUUCCUCUCAGUGUGAGCUGAGGAAACCAGUACACAAUGAUUGUAUGAAAACAAAAAAGAAGAAUGGGAGGAGCUAUUGGUAGCCAAGUUUACGAUGAAGAAAAUAUCGGGAUGAAGCUUCCAACCUCUGCUCCUAAACCAUCAAUGGAUUCACGCAAGCAAGAUUUUGAGCAUUUUUAUAAUUACCUCAAAAGGAUUUUAGAUAUAGAUUUAAAGCCAAGCCGAGGAGGAAGUAAAGGUUCUGGGAGGAAGCUGUACACAAACCUGUACGAGAUCCUUCGAGAGGACGAUCCUUACGAUGGAGAGGAAUACAUCCCUGACAAUAAUAACUUAAAAGGGUUCGAGUCUCCAAUUCAUUAUGAGAACUAUGAGAUCUCAAAGAAAUCGUUCAAAAUCAGGAUGAAUGAAUUACUUGAUUCAGAAAAUGAGGAAAUCAAACGCAUAAAUGAUUUUUAUGGAAUAAAGCAAGAGCAUAUAGACAAGCUUGCCGAAGAGCUAUGAGAAGGAAGCAAGACCCUUGAUAUUGGUGAGCUAGAUUGCAAAAUUUAUAAAGUUGACAAAAGUCAAGGGGUCGUUUUUGGCAUUGGGUGAGCAGAUCCUACUAUAUUCAAUUAUUACCCAAGGAAUACUGUUGAAGAGGAUGAGCCUGAUAGUUAUCGAUCUCAUAAAUCUUCCGAAAAUCGGAAGGUUACUAAGACGAUUCCUUCAGAGGAUCUAAUGAGAGUUAAGAAGUUUAGAAUGAUUUCUUUUCCAAAAACAUGAAAGCCUAUUCGUUCAGUAGCUUGAGGUACAGAUCAUGCAAUGGCCUUAACAGUUGAUGGAGAAAUGUAUUACUGGGGAAGAGACUUGUUUUAUGAAAAUAUGCCUAGCAAAUUAAAGCCUGAGAAGCUUAUCAUGCCUCAUGAAAUUGAAAUCUAUGAGAAUGGCUACAAGCAAAGAAUCAUUGAAAUAGAUUGCGGCUACUCUCACUGAAUGUGAAUCACAGAGCAUUACAUUCUCUAUACUUGGGGGAAUGGAGAUAGCGGAAGGCUGGGACAUGGAGAUAACCAGAGUCAGAAAGACCCUAAGAUAGUUCAAGACCUUAUCGAAGAAAAGAUUAUCAAAAUAUCGGCUGGUGAAAAACAUUCAGCAUGUAUCAAUUCAAGAUUUCAGGUAUUUACUUGGGGAUGCCAUAGUAAUGGGAAACUUGGUUUUGACUCUAAUGAGGAAGCUCGAUCUCCAGUACGACUAGAAGAUCUAUUAGAUCGUGAGUUCAUUCAUGUUUCAUGUGGGGCAAUGCAUACACUUCUCACUACAAUUCAUAAUGAAGUUAUUGCAUUUGGGCAUGGUAAAGAUGGAAAACUUGGUGAUGGGACAGAAGAAGAUUCCUUUUUCCCAACUAAAGCCUCAUUUGAGGACGACUACGUUAAGAUAGAAUCUACAAUAGCUGGCUACAAUAUUUCUGUAGCUCUUGAUUACACUGACGGAGCUAUUUAUACUUGGGGGUAUUCAGGAAGAGGUAUACUUGGAAGAACAGAUGUAACUUAUGGGAGAAUUCCAAGAAGAGUUGGCGUAGAGCUCAUCAAGAAAAAUUAUAUGAAGAGCAUCAGUAAAGGUGAAUGAAGGAGAGAACUUGAGUUCCCAACAGGAAUUUACAAGAUAGCAAUUGGGGCUACAAAUACUCUAGUAUUGACUGAUACAGGGAUAAUCUUUGUUUAUGGAAACGAUGAUCACGGGCAAUUUGGUGCAACUAUUGAAAAUAAGGAGGAUAGAAAGAAAGAGCUUAAUCGAAGGAAGAAAGAUGUUCUGAGAGUUUUAGAGUUUUUGUCUAGACCCUUCCAAUGAACAAUUCCUAUAAGUAAUAAAGUUAUGAUAGUUGAUGUGGCUGUUGGCUCCCACCAUGUCCUUGCUUUGUCUAGCUUUACAGAUGUUUAUACUUGGGGAAGAAAUGAUGAUGGGCAAUUGGGUCAUGGUUUUGUCACUCCUAAAAUCGAGAUUCCUACAGUUGUCCAAGCUUUACGAAAAGAAAGAGUAAAAGCUGUAUUCGCAACAGAAAAUUACUCAGCUUGACUCUCAUAUUUCGGAGAGCUAUUCACAUGUGGGAAUGGUGAGUUUGGAAAAUUAGGGAAUGAUGUUCCAAAUGAUAUCCAGUCUGAAUUUGAAUUAGUAGAAUUAGAAUCACCUAUUGUCAAAGUCGGGCUCGGCAUUCACCACAUGGCAGUAAUUUGAGACUACGAUGCAAACGAUAUUACAAAUAAAGACGGGAAAACUAUGGUUUGGGGUAGAAAUCACAAAGGGCAGCUCGGGAUUGGCUCAAAGGAUCAAGUUACUAAACCUGAAGAACUUACUAAGCUAAAUUAUCUCAAUACUAGGCUGAUUGACAUUCAAUGAGGGCUCUCAUUUACUUUAGGAUUAACCAAAGAUUUAAACUUGAUGUUCUUUGGAGAUAAAGAAUAUUGUUUAACUGGAGAGGUGACUGAAGAUGUACUCGAACCAAUUAUUUUAGAAGAUGCCAACAGAGAAAUAGAUAAAAUCUCUGUUUGAUACAAUAAGACAUUAGUCAAGACAACUAAGGGAGAGGUUUAUGAAUAUGGCUACUUCCUCAAAUCUGCAGAUAGCACAAGCGGGCCCAAAGCAUCAUCGGGGAUGAAAGUGGACUUACCCUCAGAUGCACUGAUUAAGGAUAUCUGCUCAGGUCCCUACCAUUGUAGCAUCUUUACAAUGGGAAAUGAAAUGUAUAGUUGGGGAUUUGACAGAAUGGGAAGUACUGGCUUGCCUAUAAAAAUCCAGCAGUAUCAGAAGCGAAAGAAUCGAAGGGUCAAAGAUCCGAGGCCGAUAGAGCUCCUCUCCAAACAGUUUGAGGAGAAUAAAGAGAAAAAUAGGCUUCUAAAUGACAACGAGGAUGUGUAUGAUGACAAGAAAAGGGGUGCUACUCGAGGAGCAAGAAUCCCUACUGAGACAGAUCUCGUUCAUGAGGAAGAAAAGAAAAUUAUUCCUGACGAAGAGACCCCUAAAGAAGUCACUAGAGAAGAGAAGCAAGAGGCCACCAAAGUGGCUACGAGGGAUUAUUUUAAACGAAAGAAUAAGGCAACAAGAGGGCCGGUCAGUGAAAGAGAUGUUGACAUGUUUUGGGGGUUUGUCAAGAAAUCCAAAGUCAGAAUCCUGUCUAUCUCCAAAACGAACCGUUUUCAAGGCUUAAGUCGGUACUUAAUUGAUGAACGAGAUCAUGGAUGCGAUGAAAUGUCCAUUAUUCGAAUGAAUAAAAAGCUAAUGAAGUAUCUUGACAUCAUCCUUGGAAUCGUCAAGACAUGCAUCGAAAUGUAUCUUUAUAAGCAGAAGAAUGAAUUCAAAAUCGAAAGUGCAUUUAUUUCAAGAGUGUCAGUCAAACCGUUUAAUAUCAGCAGAAGAGAGAUAACGGAUUUGAAGAGAGGUUCAGAGUAUGAACGAUUGAAAGACAUCAUGACUGCAUUAUACAUUCAUCCUUGAUACAUUAACAAUAUCAUAAAAUAAUGAACUAAUGACUGACGACGAGAUUUAUGAUUUUAUCACAGAGCUAUACGAGUCAAACUCUCAUCUGAAGGUUGGCUAUCUAACAUCUUACACUCUGACUGCUUUGGAGAGGGAUAUAGCGAACGGGGAGCACGAUGCCAGUAAAUUAAACCUCAAGAAGGUUCCUUCUAAAAGUAUAAUCAAAAUCGAGACAGACAAAAAGAGGGCCAAAAACAAGCGUAAAAACAAGGCUUCCAGGAAGGGCAAGGCCAAACGUGCUGAGGCUGAGAAGGAAGAAGGCAAGAUCGAAGAUUUCUCAGAUGACGAUGAAGAACGGCAGGCUGAGGACCGACCAGAAUGCUUAUUUUAUAGACUGUGGAAGUUCAUCCUCCACGAUUGAGCAGGAGUCAAGUACUUCCUCCACCUUGUCUGUGUGUAUAUGAUCAAUAGAGUUUUUACGGAUAAGGCCUUCUUGGAUCAGGACGAUUAUGGAGCUGAUGACAACAAUAACGUACAGAACGAAGCCUCCAUGCUGAAGAGGAGAGACGGAAUUCUAGCAUUUGUAGAUGACCUUUUUAAGAAGUUCAGAGAGGACACUCUCGAUGUCCCGGAUCCUAGCCAGAGAAAGUUUGAGAUGCCCAAGAUUAAUUCACGAAUUUACAAUGCUUAUGAAUUCAAGAAAUCAAGUAAAAAUAAGGAGGAAAUUAAAGGUGAAGAUAAUAAAGAAGCCUAUGAGGCUACAAUGCCUUAUGAGAUGAUCUACUUUAUUCAGAAAAUAGUUGAGAUUCUAAAGCUUCGAUAUCCGAAUGAAUCAAAGGGCUAUAUUAUGUACUCAAAAGUACUGGAGUUGUUCUUUGAAGAUAUUAUGGAUAUCUUGAGAGAUUUUAAGAUACAACUAACCCCUUACGUCAGAGAUAUGGACAGUUUUAGGAAGAUCAAGGCUGAUUUACAAAAAUUCCACCUCUAUAACUUAGAAAAUAUCUUUGAAGUCUUCAUUUCUACUAUCGGUUAUAGAGAUCCUUUUGAGAAAGUUGAUUACCAUCCUUACAAGGAUCUGUUCGAGGAAGUGAAAAGUAGCCUCAAAAGGGAAGCAAGGAGCAGAAUUGAUGAUUUAUACUUCAAUUUUGUCGACAAAAUCAAGGGGUACAAGCCAGAGCUUGACUUAUUCAAGAAGCUUGUUGUUCAUUCUUUUGAUCACAAAGGGGUGAAAAUAAACGUCUCUAUUGACAAAUUUAUCAAAUUCCAUUAUUUAUGAGUGAAGUCUCCAAAGCUUAUCUUUGGGCGUGAGGAGUCCGACUUUGACUUCGUAUCAUCAACUUUAAGCAAGAUAAAGCAUAUUGUGUAUUACGAAAACAUCAAGGCAAGAUAUAGAUGUUAUAUUUUAGGAGAAAAGUCAUAAA